UUUUCAAAGAAAGGAAUUAAAAAACCAGUUCCAAGACUCUUGGGCCCUUCAGCGCAUCAAGGAUAUAAAAAGUGGUCAGAGUUCGGAGAGGGAAGAAGGGCUGGUGAAGAGACUAACUUGGAGAGAGUUGCUGCCAGGCACGUUUCUGUUUGUGAAAGAGCUGAGGGAGGGGUGUUAUCUCCAAACCAUAAGCCUGAUGACGGAGGAAGGGCCACCUCUACAGCUUUGAAAUGCCUUCCUUGCAUGUGGGAUACCCAGAGGGCUGGCGCCUGACUCAUGCCUGAGAAAGUCUGACUUUGAGCCAGGACUUGAAGCAGACACUAUGGCUCAUGCAGAAAAAAAACUUCUUCCCACAAGACUGCCAGCAAAAUUUUGCAGACUCAAGAUGUUCAGAGAGUUUGGACAAUCAUCACAGUUUUUGGACACCUAUCUGAGAGACUGGAUUCCCUGUUGGGAAUAUCUAGGUAUCAGAUAGUGCCAAGACUUCAGAGGAGGGGGACAUCCCCUGUUUAUUAGAGGGAAAAGAAUCUGGAGCUUCUACUGCAAUCCAGGAUAAAAGAGAAAUCUGAGAAGAAAGGGCAGUUUGGAGAGAGAGAUUGUGGGCAUUCCUGUGAUGUAAGUUCCUCAUCUGUCUCCUUUCAGACCAUCUUCUGUCAAGUUUAUUCAGCUCAUAAAUGUGAAUAAAAAAUUGCUAAAUGUGAACUCAAAGAGACAGUGCAGUUUUACAUCUGAGUCCACUCGAUGCAUCACAGAAGCAGCAUGUGCAGCAACAGGAGUCCAAUAGACCUGCCUGAGGAUACGACGACCUCCUGGAAGAAAGUGAGGCAAGAGGACAACAGAUAGCACUAAAUACGGGGAGUGAAAAAGGACUGAUUUGCAAUGUGGAUGUGAGAGAGAGAAGAUGAACCCAACUCCUCUUUCAUUUUGGAUCAUAAUUUGCUUCAAUUCCAUGGAUGUGAGAAGGUUUAACAUUUCAACCAGAACAAACUGUAAUGAAAGACAGGUUUUGGCUAGGUUUGAUAUUUUUCUGAUUUGUCAAAAUCUGCAAGAUCAAAAUCUGAAAGCCAGAAAACUAUCCAAAGGCAAAGAGAAAAAACACAUAUGUGACAGUUCAGAACUUGAAGAUGGCCCCAUGAAGGGUCAAGAAACUGCUGAGACCAAAUAGUACAUUCCGAAUUGCAGCAUCAACCACCAGGAAACAAGGAUCACGGAGCAUGUGAGAAAAUGGUAAUUGAGAAGUCUGAUCAAGGAACACACUAAAAUUGGAGGCAUGAAACACUUGCAGAAUUGUCCCAAUGGUCCAUUUGGGGAUCCUGGGAACAAGUGUCUUUUAAGCCACGACCAGUCUUUCUACUUCUUCCUCAUACUUUGUAUCUGGCUUGCGUACAUGUCACAGAAUCAGGUACUAAAACAAGAGGUGAUACAGAAAUAAGCUAUCCCAAAUAUAGCAUUAAGUGAAACAAACACAUCGUAUACUAGUUAUUAUAUCUGGAAGUUUGCAUUUUAUAUGCCUCAUGGAGAUACUUAGCGAUAUUCAACAACCUUGCAAAUGGAGUGGUCUCUGCCAGACAGCUACUAACAGCUGUAGAAAAAUUUCAGAAGCUGCUUACCCAAGAAGUCUAAUAUAGAAGGACAUGGCUGUCACUGCCUGGGGGAGCAAAUAGGAAAGAAUAUGACAAAGGAGGAAAUCAGCUGUUGGACUGAAGAAUUUAAACUUUGAUAAAAUGCCAACCGUCGAAGACAGUUGCUGUCUCACACAAAAUCCCAAGAACUGUCCAUACUCUACUUCUGUCAGCCUAGCAAUUUGCUCAGCUAUUGCUAUUUUGGGAAGGAAUUUCCACCAAGCUGGUGUAUCUUCAGCCCCUGAGGUUUCCUCUGAUUGACUGAUUAACAGGUGUUGAAAAAGCCUGUUGCAGAAAUAUCACAGACCCAGUGUGCUCGUUUGACUUCUGUAACUGUGACUGUAGUUUCAUUGAAUAUAUUGUUUCUUAAGAAGGCUUUCUGCAGGGUAAAAUCAAAACAGAUUAUUUAUAACAUUUUUAGAGGUGCCAUUCACAUCAAAUGUAGCCAUUUUAGAGGUGUCAAAAUAAAUCAGCCAUAUUUAAUAAAUUCCAGCUCUACUCUUCUACCCUGUAGCCCAAGAAGCAGCAACGAUGGGGUCAAAGGAUCAUGCAGUAUUUUUCAGGGAAAUGACACAGUUAAUUUUGAAUGAAAUGCCAAAAGCUGGGUAUUCCAGCAUAUUAAAUGAUUUUGUGGAAUCUAAUUUUUUUGUGAUUGAUGGAGAUUCCUUGCUUGUCACAUGCCUGGGUGUAAAAUCAUUCAAGUGGGGACAGAAUCUCCACUUUUUCUAUCUGGUUGAAUGCUAUCUUGUGGAUCUUAUGAGUAAUGGAGGACAAUUCGCCAUAGUUUUCUUCAAGGAUGCUGAAUAUGCGUAUUUUGAUUUUCCUGAACUUCUUUCAUUGAGAAUCGCUUUAAUUCUCCACCUUCAACACAAUACUAACAUUGAUGUGCAAACGGAGUUUUCUGGAUGCUUAUCACAAGAUUGGAAGUUAUUCUUGGAACAGCAUUACCCAUAUUUUCUGAUAGUUUCAGAGGAAGGCCUGAGUGAUUUACAAACGUAUCUUUUUAACUUCUUAAUUAUACAUUCCUGGGGAAUGAAAGUCAACGUUGUGCUUUCAUCAGGGCACGAAUCUGAUACUUUCAGACUUUAUGCACAUACUAUGGAAAGCACAGACAGAAACCAAACUUUUUCGAAGGAGAAUGAAACAGUGAUUCAGAGUGCAUAUAAAAGCCUCAUACAACACUUGGAAGAAAGAAGGGUUUUAGCAUUAGCACCUCAUUUUGAACAUUUGAAAUGGAAUGAUAUAAUGGAAGAGGCAUAUCAGACUCUAUUUCUGCUUCAGCACCUAUGGUCAGAAGGAUCGGACAUCCAGCGUGUUCUCUGUGUCACUUCAUGUUCACUAUCCUUGAGAAUGUACCAUCGUGUCUCAGUGCACAGUAAUUGCCUAUCCCUGAAGGAGGUGGAAGAUUUCUGCAGACUGCGUUGCCUCUGUGUGGCUUUUCAACUCCACUUACCCCUUUCUCAGAGAGCUUGUUCUCGAGUCAUGACAUGCUCUUGGAUUAGGAACAGUGAUUCUUUCUUAAAAAUGAACAAGUGGUGUGAACAUUUCAUUUUAAGCAACUUAAACGUUUUUGGAUGCUGGAAUCUGAAUUUAAAUCAUGUUUCUGACUUGUAUGAUGAGCAAUUGUUGAAGAAUAUUGCCUUCUACUAUGAAUUUGAAAGUACUCAAGAACCACAUUUGACUUUGGGAGAUUCCAUUAGGAGGGAUUAUGAACACCUGUGGAAUGUUGUGUCACACAUGGUUAAAGAAUUUAAUGUUGGAAAGUCUUUUCCUCUGAGAACAACAAGAAGACAUUUUCUUAGACAAGAGAAAUCGGUCAUUCAAGAAAUCUCCUUGGAAAAGAUGCCUAGUGUGGGUUUUAUUCCAAUGACAUCUGCUGUAAUUGAUGAGUUUGUUGGAGAUAUGAUGAAGGAUUUGCCUAUUCUAAAGAGUGAUGAUCUGGUUGUUCCUUCACUGUUUAAACAAAAGACAUCUGAUGAACUUUUGCACUGGCAUGCUCAAAGACUCCUUAGUGACGACUAUGACAGGAUCAAAUGUCAUGUUGAUGAACAAUCUAGAGAUCCUCAUGUUCUUGAUUUCCUGGAAAAGAUUCAGGAUUAUCAGCAAUUUUAUGGGAAAUCGUUAGAAUCAAUCUCUACAAAAGUCAUUGUGACUCAAACUACUCGGCCAAUGGAGGCUUCCAGUGGUGCCAGUGGUGAAAUAUUACAGAAUACCAAACCCCACCAAAUUACCAAAAAGAAUAAGAAAAAGUCAUUUCUCAAAGAAGAUCAGAACAAAGCUCAGCAAAAGGAUGAUCUGCUGUUUUCUAUUGAAGAGGAGAUGAAGAAGAAUUUACAUUCUGGAAUAAGGAAAUUGGAAGAUUAUUUGACCUCAUGUGCAAGUAAUUCAGUGAAAUUUGGAGUUGAAAUGUUAGGAUUAAUUGCCUGCUUUAAAGCAUGGAAAGAACAUUGCCGAGGUGAAGGCAAAAUUUCAAAAGAUUUAAGUAUAGCUGUUCAAAUGAUGAAAAGGAUUCAUUCACUCCUGGAGAGUUACCCAGAAAUUUUGGAAGCAGAACAUCAUCAAUAUAUAGCUAAAUGCCUUAAAUAUUUAGGCUUUAAUGAUCUGGCAAACUCUUUGGAUCCAACUCUGAUAGGAGAUGACAAAAAUAAGAAGAAAUAUUCGAUUGACAUUGGACCAGCUCGGUUUCAACUGCAAUACAUGGGCCAUUACUUGAUACGAGAUGAAAGAAAAGGUCGGGAUCCCAGGGUCCAGGAUUUUAUUCCCAACGCAUGGCAGCGGGAACUCCUGGAUGUGGUAGAUAAGAAUGAGUCAGCAGUGAUUGUUGCCCCAACGUCCUCAGGCAAGACCUAUGCUUCCUACUACUGCAUGGAGAAAGUGCUGAGGGAGAGCGAUGUCGGGGUGGUCGUGUAUGUUGCACCCGCAAAGUCCCUUGUUGGUCAAGUGGCUGCAACAGUUGCGAAUCGUUUUACUAAAACGUUGCCUGCUGGCAGAACUCUAUGUGGUGCUUUUACAAGAGAUUAUCGUCACAAUGCACUAAACUGUCAGGUACUUAUUACAGUGCCGGAAUGUUUUGAAAUCCUGUUGCUUGCUCCUCAUCGCCAAAAAUGGGUGGAAAGGAUCAGAUAUGUUAUAUUUGAUGAGGUCCAUUAUCUUGGCAGAGAAGUCGGAGCAAAAUUUUGGGAGCUCCUCCUUGUCAUUAUUCGAUGUCCCUUUUUGGUUCUUUCAGCUACCAUAAAUAACCCAAAUCUUCUCACCAAGUGGCUGCAGUCAGUAAAACAGUACUGGAAACAGGCAGACAAGAUUAUGGAAGAGAAAUUUAUUUCUGAAAAACAGGCUGACAAAUGUCUCAACUUUCUCCAAGACAAUUCAUAUAAAAAUCAAUCAUAUGAAGUUAGACUUGUGCUCUGUGGAGAGAGACACAAUGAUUUAGAGAAGCAUAUAUGUUCAGUAAAACAUGAUGAUGUUUAUUUUGAUCAUUUUCAUCCCUGUGCUGCGCUAACGACAGAUAUUAUUGAAAAGUAUGGAUUCCCACCUGAUCUUACCCUCACCCCUCAAGAAAGCAUCCAGCUUUAUGAUACCAUGGCUCAAGUCUGGGAAACUUGGCCCAGGGCUCAGGAAUUGUGUCCGGAGGAAUUCAUUCUUUUUAAGAAUAAAAUAGUCAUUAAGAAGUUGGAUGCUAGAAAAUAUGAAGAAAACUUAAAGGCAGAAUUGACAAAUUGGAUUAAAAAUGGCCAAGUGAAGAAGGUCAAAACAGUACUGAAAAACCUUAGUCCGGAUUCAUUGUCUAGUUCAAAAGAUAUGGUAAAAAUGUUUCCUCUUCUUGUUGAAAAGUUAAGACAAAUGGAUAAGUUGCCUGCAAUAUUUUUUUUGUUUCAGAAUGGGGAUGUGGGAAAAAGAGCUGGAAGUGUGUGCACUUUUCUGGAGAAGACAGAGACAAAAAGCCAUCCCCACACUGAAUGUCAUAGUUAUGUCUUUGCAAUAGAUGAAGUACUUGAAAAAGUGAGGAAGACACAGAAAAGGAUUAGCAAUAAAAAAAACCCGAAGAAGGCUGAAAAACUGAGAAGAAAACAAAUGUAUAUAGCUGAAUAUAUUAAUUUCCUGGAGAAUCUGAAGAUUCUGGAAAUCUCUGAGGACCGCACGUAUGCUGAUUUCAAAGCCCUACACGCUGAGAUUACCAGGAAUAAAGGCUCAACUUUGGAUAGGGUAUUAAAACGAGUGCGAUUAACAAGACACGGCAAAGAACUGGAGGCUUUAGCACAAAGGGGGAUUGGAUAUCAUCACAGCGGCAUGUAUUUUAAAGAAAAAGAGUUCGUUGAGAUACUCUUUGUAAAAGGGCUUAUUAGGGUAGUGACAGCUACUGAAACAUUCGCCUUAGGGAUCCACAUGCCAUGCAAAUCUGUUGUUUUUGCCCAAGACUCAGUCUAUCUGGAUGCUUUAAAUUACAGACAGAUGUCUGGUCGUGCUGGAAGAAGAGGUCAAGACCUGCUUGGAAAUGUGUAUUUCUUUGAUAUUCCAUUGCCCAAAAUAAAAAGACUCCUUGCAUCCAGUGUUCCUGAGCUGAGAGGACAGUUCCCUCUCAGCAUAACCCUGAUCCUGCGACUCAUGCUGCUGGCUUCCAAGGGAGAUGACCCAGAGGAUGCCAAGGCAAAGGUGUUGUCAGUGCUAAAGCAUUCAUUGCUGUCUUUUAAGAGACGAAGAGCCAUGGAGACUUUGAAACUUUACUUUUUAUUUUCCUUGCAGCUCCUGAUCAAAGAGGACUAUUUAAAUAAAAAAUGUAAUCCAAAGAAAUUUGCAGGACUUGCAUCAUAUUUGCAUGGUCAUGAACCUUCAAAUCUUGUUUUUGUAAAUUUUCUCAAGAGAGGCCUUUUCCAUAAUCUCUGUAAGCCAGCCUGGAAAGGCUCACGGCAAUUUUCCCAAGAUGUGAUGGAAAGGCUCGUGUUAGUAUUGGCAAAUUUGUUUGGAAGAAAAUAUAUUCCAGCAAAAUUCCAAAAUGCUAAUUUAAGUUUUUCUCAGUCAAAGGUGAUCCUUGCCGAACUCCCGGAGGAUUUUAAAGCUGCUUUAUAUGAGUAUAACCUGGCAGUAAUGAAGGAUUUUGCCUCCUUCCUGCUGAUUGCUUCCAAGUCGGUGAACAUGACAGGAGAGUAUCAACUCCCUUUGUCAAGAAUCAAAUUCACAGGUAAAGAAUGUGAAGACUCCCAACUCGUGUCUCACUUGAUGAGUUGCAAGGAAGGAAGAGUAGCCAUUUCACCAUUUGUUUGUCUUUCGGGGAACACAGAUAAUGAUUUGCUUCGACCAGAGACUAUCAACCAGGUCAUUCUGCGCACAAUCGGUGUUAGUGGCACUCAGGCUCCUCUGCUGUGGCCGUGGAAAUUAGAUAACCGAGGAAGGAGAAUGCCACUAAAUGCAUAUGUGCUCAAUUUCUAUAAACACAACUGCUUGACAAGAUUAGACCAAAAAAAUGGGAUGCGUAUGGGACAGCUUUUGAAGUGUUUGAAAGAUUUUGCAUUCAACAUUCAGGCUAUCAGUGACUCCUUGAGUGAACUAUGUGAAAAUAAGCAUGACAAUGUAGUCCUGGCAUUUAAACAAUUGAGUCAAACCUUUUAUGAGAAACUUGAAGAAAUGCAAACUCAGAUGAGUCAAAAUCAUUUAGAAUAACACCAUGGAAAACUUUCAAGUCUGAUUAUGUGGUAUUUAUCCCUUUGCAAGGAGAGAUAUAAUUGAGCUAACAACGAAAUGGAAAAAAUGUUUGUCUUGGAGCCAAACAGAAUUAAACUCAAAUAUUAGCUCUGCUAUUUUUUAACUGAAUGACUUUAAGUUAUGUAAUAUAUCUGAUCUUUAACUUCAUUUUUGGCAAAAUCGGAGUAAAAAUGAUUACCUCUAGUUGUUUUGAGGAUUAAAUGAGAUAAUGUAAGAAAAGUGAUUGGGAUUGGGUGGUGACUUAAUUAAUGAUAGUGUUUUUUUUAGUAGUUAAAGUUAAUGUAUAGCAAAAUUAGUUUCACAUUGUCAAGUUUUCAAUACAUCCCCAAGUUCAUUGAAUUUUAAAUUAAUGAUCAAUAAGUCACAAAGGACCCAAAUCAAUUCUGAACAACAAUUUAGUUAUAUAAGAAGACUUCUGAGAUUACAAGAAACUCACUGCUGUGGACUGGAUGUUUGUGCCCUCCCCUCCAAAAUUUUUAUACCGAAAUUCUAACCCUCAAUGUGAUGGUAUUAGGAGAUGAUAUGUCAUAAGGGUGCAGCUGCUUGGAUGUAAUUAGUGCCUUUAACAGAGAGACAAGAGAGCUUGCUCUCCAAUCUCUCCUCACUACCACUGGAUGAUACAAUGGGAAGAUGGCCAUCUGCAGACCAAGAAGCAAGCCCUCAACAGAACUGAAUCUACUUACACCGUGAUCUUGAACUUUCCAGCCUCCCGGAUUGUGAGAAAUACAUGUUUGUUGUUUAGCCAUCUAGUCUGUGGUAUUCUGUUGAAGCAGCCUGAAUUGACUAAGACAGUCACUUGGAGUAGUUAUAAACCACUUUCCUUUUGAAAGCAGAACAUGCUGAUUCAACUGUUUUGUCCAAUAGCAAUGAUAGAUUUUGUUUAAGUCCCCUACACUUUCUUAUUUCUUCUUUCUAAAUGAUCAAGAGUACACUUUCUGGCAGUGAUUAAGGAGUGUGUAUGUAACAGAAAAAAUAUAUAUACCCUGUGAACCCGAAUGUGGAAUUCAGAUUGUUUCUGCCCUCAAUAUCAUACUUAAAAAACAAGCAUACAAACAAACAUAAGGGAACAAACAGCAACCAUAACAAAAACAAACCUUUAAAGGUGCGUUUUUGCUGUGAUAAAUGAAUACGGUACUCUGAAGGAGAAAAAAGUCUCUUAAAUGAGCUUAAACUGCAGGUGAUUUAAAAAUUAGAGAGUAGAAUUCUUAAAGCUAUUGAAAGUUUCAACCAGAAAACCUCAAGUGAAUUUUGUAUGUAAAUGAAAUCUUGAAUGUAAGUUCUUUGAUUCUUCAAGCAAACAAUUAGCUGAAAACUUGGUAUUGUUGUAGUUUAUGUAGUAAGUGACUUGGCACCCAUCAGAAAAUAAAGGGCAUUAAAUUGUUCCUUGUGUUAAAUCUGUUAGUCCAUCCAUUUGUAGACAUCUACGCAUUAGGUAUUUUGCUUUCAUUGCUAUAUAUCUUUACUGCAGCCCUAGGUCACAUACUACAAAAUCUGUUUUAGACCCAGACCUUGAACACAGAGCAUUUCUUUCUCAGGGUGAAAGACAUAACCUUUUGUAUCAUCCAGAAUGUACCAAGACACCGUUUAUCAUAUGGCAUUACUUACAGAUAUAUUACAUAGGCUUAGAAAAACACUUUGUCUAGAAAUGGAAAAGCCUCUUUUCCUUAGAAUUUAACCCAAAAUUGGCAGUCAUGUGCCAAAAUCUUACUUGUCACUAUUAGGGCUAAUCCUAAAUUUUUUUAUUUAAAAUAAGCAUAUAGUAACAAACCUAGUAGAUAUUAAUCCAGCUUUAUAGAUAAUAACUUUAAAUAUCAAAGGCUUGAACACAGCAAAAGACAGAGACUGUCAGAGUGGAUCAAAACACAAUAACCAACUAUAUGUUGUCUACAAGAAACCUCUUUUAAAUAUAAAGACAUAUGCAAAUUAAAAGUAAAUGGAUGUGACUUCUAGUUUCUGGUUUCUCAUGUAAGAAUCUUGGAAUCAACCACUCCAUCCUAAUUAGUGAAAAUAGAAACAAACUGAAAAAUUGAUAAUUCUACAUCCCUGAGAGAAGUGAUGUCACAGGCCCCUCAAAUUCGAGCAAAAGACAGGUGGAUACAGAGAAUCACAACAUACUAAGGCAGAAACCUCCACAGGAAAUAGUGCUGGAGUAGGAAAACCUGAACUUUAAUGAACGAAUUGCUCAGUGUGGGCACAUCUGAGAGCUAAAAACUCCAGGGGGAUACAUUCACCUGGGAGCCAUGCUUCUGUGAGUUUUAUAUCUGGGAAUUGAACAUUGGAGAAGAAUCCCUUCAUGCUUCUGGAAGGAGGAAAAUAAAAUAAACUGUUUUAAAA